AUGGCGGAAAACGUAAAGGUAGCAGUUCGAGUGAGGCCAUUCAAUGAAAGAGAGGAGGACAGAAAUGCCACUCCUGUCAUCAAGAUGGAGGGAAAAUGUACGGAGAUUUUCAACCCCGAGGAUAUGAAAGCGGAACCAAAGAAAUUCAACUUUGAUUAUUCCUACUGGUCACAUGAUGGAUACACGAAGCGCCCGGAUGGAUAUAUGGAACCGGCAGAACCGAAAUAUGCCGAUCAGCAACGAGUCUUUGACGACCUUGGCAAAGGAGUGCUUGACAAUGCCUGGAAGGGCUACAACUGUUCUCUGUUUGCGUACGGACAGACCGGAAGUGGAAAGACAUACUCUAUGGUCGGUUACCAAGCCAAUAAAGGGAUCGUUCCCAUGGUCUGUACCGAGCUCUUCAAGGCUAUCGACCAAAAACGAUCCGAUGUCAGUGACACUAAAGACAAGGGAGUGUAUGAGGUGAUGAUCAGCAUGUUAGAAAUUUACAACGAACAGGUGCGUGAUUUGCUGAACUCCAAAACAAUUAAAAACAGGGGAAGCAUGAACAUCAAGAGUGAUCCAAAACGAGGCUUCUACGUUGAAGGACUUAUGAAAUCGCUUGUGAACAGUUACCCGGAAAUUGAAAAUAAAAUCAAUGAAGGCACGAAAAACAGAACAGUAGCGUCCACCAACAUGAACGCCACGAGCAGCCGCGCUCACACCAUCGUGGCCAUCCACUUCAAACAGGAAUCAAAGGAUAGCACUGGUCAGAAUAUGACAAAGACAUCAGUUAUCAACCUCGUGGACUUGGCUGGCAGCGAGAGAGUUGCGAGUACUGGAGCACAAGGAGACAGGCUUAAAGAAGGCAGUAGCAUUAACCAGUCUCUAAGUUCACUUGGAAAUGUCAUCAAUGCUCUAGCUAAGAGCAAGCCUUUCAUUCCGUAUAGAGAUUCAGCAUUGACGAAAUUGUUAAAGAAUGCUCUUGGUGGCAACAGUAAGACUAUCAUGAUUGCUGCACUAAGUCCUGCUGAUAUCAAUUACAAAGAAACUUUAUCCACUCUCAGGUUUGCUGAUAGAGCAAAAGCGAUCAAGACUACAGCGACUGUCAACGAAAAUCCCACAGACAAACUUAUUCGAGAACUACGAGAGGAAAACGCGCGGUUACAGAAGCUGUUACAGGAAGGCGGAAUCAGUGCAAUACAGGGAGAAAGUUCAGGAGUCACAAGUGAGGAAAAACGAUUAUUAGAGGAACAACUUCAACAAAACCAAAGGGAAAUGGAAGAGAUGAAAACCACUUGGGAACAAAAGCUAGAGAUAGCCCAGAAGGAAAACCAGGCGAAAAUUGAAGAUGAAAGAAGGUUGGCGGAGCAUAAGAAAGUUACACCGCACUUCUGGAAUCUUAAUGAGGAUCCUGCACUUUCCGGAAUGGUCGUCCACUUUUGCGAUAAAGACAAAGCUCUAAUAGGUAGAAAGGCAUCAGAAUCAGGUGCAGAUAUACCACUUGCAGGCUUGGGCAUCCAACCCAACCAUGCGGAGAUCCUGAACAAAGAUGGGUCAGUGCUAAUUAUACCAGUUGAUACCGCCAAAGUGACCGUCAAUGGUCAGAAGAUAUUAGCCGAGACUAGACUACAUCAUCACGACAGGGUACUGUUCGGAGCGAAUGCUCUAUACAUUUUCCAUCAUCCUUCUGAAGCUGCAAAACUUGCUGAAAGUGGGGGUAAAAUCAACACUCCAACCUUCGAUCAGGCGCAACAGGAGCUGGCUAUGAUGGCCGGCCUGGUUUCAAAAGAUGGCACGUCUAAAGAGGACCUGAUUUUACAAGAAGAAGUCACACAGGUACUCCGGAUCGUGAAUGAAGCCAACGCCAUGUCUGAGGAAAUGGACAAGAAAGUAAAGUUUGAGGUCGCUUUACUAGCUCCCUCAUUUCGAAGUCUAUACAGAGGCCCUACAGAGGCGGAUAUCACUGAAGUGCGGAUGAAAGUGAAGGAUCUCGUCUCUGGUAACCACUGGAUGUGGACUAAAGACAAGGCUAUACAUCGGCACGCACUCAUGCAGCAGUUGUACCAGGACUUUAUCUCCAAGGACGACAACUGGAAAGUUUCAAAGGAAGAUGACCCCUUCUGGGAGCCGGCUGAUACAGAAAUCAUGAUCGGAGUAGCACAUCUAAACCUACUGUCACUUGCAUAUAAAUGCAGUAUAGAGGAAAACGCCGAUAUUCACGAUCACAAGACAACAAUCAAAGGUCAUUUAAAAUUGGAGGUGAUUCCAUGUGAUAAAAACAAGCAACCCUUGGAGGAUAUUGAACUUCUGGAAGAUACAACAGAAUUAAUUGGCAAAGAUUUGACUUUCUUGUUGAAAAUUAACGGAGCAAGAGGACUACCUACAAAUAUUACAAAAUCAUUUUGCAAAUUCAAGUUUUACCUGGAUCACGACUAUGUUCAAACGAAGGAGGUAGCAGGGAUGACUCCAGAUUUCGACUUUGAACAAUUUUAUGUACAAAACCCUGUUACAAAACAGUUCCUGGAUUAUUUGAAAGAUCGUCAUCUAGUGAUUGAAGUCUGGGGACGACAAAAGGAUGAGCAAUCGCCGUCAAAAGGAAACACAGGUCUUCUACCAACAAAGGACUUGAUGAUACGAGAAAAAACUUUCAUAGGGAAAUCUGCGUUAGAAGACGGGGACACUGGGGAAAAGAAGAAAAAGAAAAAGAAGAAAAGAAAGAAGGAGCAUGAUGUUGAUGCCGCUGAUGGGACAAAUGGUAUAAUAAUUCCGGUGCCGCCACUUAGUGGACAAAAGAGUGAUGUACGCGACAACAUGUCAAAUAUGUCGAAAGAAGAAGAAAAGAAAUUAAGAGACGAUCUUUCUAGAUUAGAAAGUGAAAAACAGAGAUCUGAAACAAAAUUGAAAGAGACGAUAGAUGCUCACAAAGCGGAAAUGUCUCAAAAGGUGCAGGAAAUAGAGAGUUUUAAAUCUAGAGGGAGACAACUACACCAGGAAAACAUGGAUAACAAGAAAACACUGGAAGCUGUCAAGGAGCUGCUAGCAAGGACGAGAGGAAACGGAAAAUCUACCAUAAAUGUGUCCGAUUUAGAGAGGACGUUGGAUCCAUCGGCGCCACAAACGGUGGAACAUGGCAACACAUCCAAAGCUUGUAUCUUACAAUAG